AUGGCUCCCACCAUCCCGCCGCCCUCGGUCCCCAUCCCGGUGGCCACGCCCGUCACUGUCCCGGCCGACUCCUCCAUCUGGGACCGCGUCUCCAACUGGGUCUCCGAGAACAAGGCUGUUGUCUACACCAUUGCUGGUGUUUCCGUCGUCAUCACCACCGCCGGUGUUGUCUACUACCUCCGCAAGGGAUCAGAGCAGAAGGAGUCCGGCCCCAAGCUCAGCAAGAAGGAAAGGAGGAAACGGAAGCAGGCCGAGAAGGAGGAGGCCGAGAAGGCUGCUACUUCCCCCACAGAAGAGGCCGCCCCUACACAACCCAAGGCCGCCGUCGUCGAGAGCGCCGACGAGCUCCCCGAGAUUGAUGAGGAGUCCGUCGUCAGGCUAUCCGAGGAGGAGCGCAAGGCGUACGCUGCCAAGCUGAAGGAGCUCGGAAACAAGGCCUACGGUUCCAAGGACUUCAACAAGGCCAUCGAACUCUACUCCAAGGCCAUCAUCUGCAAGCCCGACCCCGUCUACUUCUCCAACCGCGCCGCUUGCCACAAUGCCCUCGCCGAGUGGGAGCAGGUUGUCGCCGAUACCACCGCCGCCCUCAAGCUCGACCCCCACUACGUCAAGGCCCUGAACCGCCGUGCCAAUGCUUACGACCAGCUUAGCCGUUACAGCGACGCUCUUCUCGAUUUCACCGCCAGCUGCAUCAUCGACGGCUUCCGCAACGAGCAGAGCGCCCAGGCCGUCGAGCGCCUCCUCAAGAAGUUCGCCGAGAACAAGGCCAAGGAGAUCCUCGAGACCAAGCCCCCUAAGCUCCCCAGCUCUACCUUCGUCGGCAACUACCUCCAGAGCUUCCGCUCCAAGCCCCGCCCUGAGGGCCUCGAGGACUCUGUUGAGCUCUCCGAGGAGACCGGCCUUGGUCAGAUGCAGCUCGGCUUGAAGCACUUGGAGAGCAAGACUGGUACUGGUUACGAGGAGGCUUCCGCCGCCUUCAAGAAGGCCCUCGACCUCGGUGAGCUUGGCGCUCACGAGGCUCUUGCCUACAAUCUCCGUGGUACCUUUCACUGCCUCAUGGGCAAGCACGAGGAGGCUCUCGCCGAUCUCAGCAAGUCCAUCGAGCUCGACCCUGCGAUGACCCAGAGCUACAUCAAGCGUGCUAGCAUGAACCUUGAGCUCGGUCACCCCGAUAAGGCCGAGGAGGACUUCAACAAGGCCAUUGAGCAGAACGCCGAGGACCCUGAUAUCUACUACCACCGCGCCCAGCUCCACUUUAUUAAGGGGGAGUUCGCCGAGGCGGCUAAGGAUUACCAGAAGUCCAUCGACCUCGACUCCGACUUCAUCUUCUCUCACAUCCAGCUUGGUGUUACCCAGUACAAGAUGGGCUCCAUCGCCUCUUCCAUGGCCACCUUCCGCCGCUGCAUGAAGAACUUUGACCAGACUCCCGAUGUCUACAACUACUAUGGCGAGCUUCUCCUCGACCAGAACAAGUUCCAGGAGGCCAUUGAGAAGUUCGACACUGCUAUCGCCCUCGAGAAGGAGACCAAGCCCAUGUGCAUGAACGUUCUUCCCCUCAUCAACAAGGCUCUUGCCCUCUUCCAGUGGAAGCAGGAUUACGCCGAGGCUGAGCAGCUCUGCGAGAAGGCCCUCAUCAUCGACCCCGAGUGCGAUAUCGCCGUCGCCACCAUGGCCCAGCUCCUCCUCCAGCAGGGCAAGGUCGUCGAGGCCCUCAAGUUCUUCGAGCGCGCCGCCGAGCUCGCCCGCACCGAAGGCGAACUCGUCAACGCUCUUUCGUAUGCCGAAGCCACGAGGACACAGAUCCAGGUCCAGGAGAACUACCCCGAGCUUGCCAGCAAGCUCCAGGGUAUGAGCGGUGGUCCCGGCAUGCGGUAA